AUGGCUUCCAUCACCCUUUACGACAUCGCUCACAAGCCCCCCGUAGAGGAGUCGUGCUGUUCACCAAACCCAUGGAAAAGCCGGCUGGCGCUCAAUUUCAAGGGCGUUCAAUACUCGACCUCGUGGGUGGCUAUGCCUGACAUCUCGAAAGUGCGCCAGAGCCUUGGUCAACCCGCCUCUCGCAAGUUUGCCGACGGCACCGACUUCUAUACUCUUCCUGUGAUUCAAGAUCCUGCGACAAAAGCCACAGUCGGCGACUCAUUCGAUAUCGCGCUCUAUUUACAGCGCACAUAUCCUGACUCGGGCGGCGGCGACUUGUUCCCCGCUCAGACUCUUGAUUACACCUUUAUGUCGAGUUACGAGAUCCCCAUUCCACUGUCGAAGCGUGAUGAUGGAGGCUUUCCCGAGUACGCUCGAUUCAACAUCAAUGUUGACGCAGCAUUCAGCGCUCACGUCCAGCUAAUGGUCGAAGGUAUGCCGUAUGACCCGGCUACGUUUGAGCAGACCAAGGCCGAAUUCGUCCGUCGCGCCGGCGUCAGCUGUUGGGAGGACUUUAUUCUAACCAAAGAAGCGCGCGAGAAGCUCAUGGGGUCAUUUGAGAAUACGUUGGGCGAUCUGGCCAAACUGUUCCUUGCAAAUGUUGAUGGCCCUUUUCUAUUAGGACAGCAGGUCAGCUACGCGGACUUGAUCGUUGGCGCCUGGUUGCGGAUGGCUCAAAUGACUUUGCCAAAGCAUGAGUGGGAAGAGGUGCGGCGCUGGCAUGGUGGUAUAUUUGGGCAAUUGCAUGAUGCUCUAGAUAAAUUCGCCGAGAUCAAAUAA